UUUCUUCGUCUCAGUUUUCGAACAUGUCCAAAGUACCAGUCUUCAAGGACGACAAGGACCCGACUGUCCUCAAGACGGGUGGUCAUAUCGAUGGCAUGGUCAUGGCCCUCAUUGAGACUGCCGCCGACAAGGAGGAAACCGUCCACGACCGCGUCCGUCAGUCGCUCGUCGAUCUCGGUCUGCAGCAGCCCAACCUCGUCUUGAGCUCCAUCCUCGUGUUCUUCCACAAGAACAAGAAGAACAUUCCGCUCCCGCACCGCACCUUGCUGCUGCGCGUGCUUCGUGAUAUCGUCAACGAGCGUCUGGAAAAGCUGCCACACGAUCUUUGCGCCAUGCUGAUUCGCCUCGCGUCUUCCGAGCUCACCGCCACGAAGGAUCUUGUGCCGGACUGGCAAAGCACCUCCUCCGAGUUGAUUGUCUCGCUCGGUGGCCGCUUUGGCAAGGAAGUCGUUGACGAGCUGCUCAGCAAGUGCGAACCCGCCACCAUUCCCCACUUCUAUAUCGUCAAGACUCUUGGCAACUUUGCUUCGUCCCACGCUGCCCUGAUGGUGCCAUGCCUCAACGAUGUCUUUAGUCGAUUGCUGCCUGUUCUUGGCAUGAUCAAGCAGGACAACAUGAAGUUGGUUUUCUCAACCUCGAUCGGCCAUUUCUGCGAGAGCAUCAUCACCUUCGUUGCAAACAAGACCGACCACACUGCCGACAACCUCGGUCAGCGUGAUUUCGCUGGUCAAGUCUUCACUGCGUUCGAAGUCAUGUUCAAUGUGUGGUUGCCCAACGGCAACGACCCCAAGCUUCGUAUGGCGAUUGUCGAAGCGCUCGGUUUCAUGGCACAGUGCCUUUCUCGCGAGCAGUUUGACAUUCAGCUACCCAAGCUGGUUCCCGGUGUUCUGGCCCUGUACAAAAAGCACAACGAGCACCUGCCGAUCACUGCUGGCAUGUGCAUGAUCCUCGAAACGGCAGUCAAGGAGGACACCCGUGCGCUGGACCCGCUGCUGGAACAAACCCUGCAAACACUCCAGCCUAUGGUGGCCAUCCCAAUCGAUUACGGCUCGUCCACGUCGUUGAAAAACCACAACGAGCUGCUGCGCUGCUUUGAGAUUCUGGCACGCUCGUACUCUGACCGCGUCGUUGCCUUCCUCAUUCAAAAGCUCGAGAACUCCAACCCGGCCAACCGCAUCGCCACGCUUGACGUGCUCAAGCACAUUAUCAACUCGCGCGAUGCUGAGCUCAAGGACAAGAAGGAGCUCAUCCUGAGCGGCCUCAAGCAAGUGCUCCAAGAGCCCAACCUGUCGGUGCGCAAAACGUUCGGCACCGUUGUGAUUGCCAUGGCCUCCAAAAAGUACCUGGGCCUGGAGGGCGGCAACGCCAUGAUUGAGUUUGUCGUCCGUCAGUGUGCUCUGGUCGAGGAUGCCGCCGACCGCAAGAAGCGCGAGGAAGAGGAGCGCAAGCGCCGCGCCGCCCAAUCCAAGGAUUCGGACGAGAGCCGCCAGCGUGCGUUCAGCGAGCUCGAAGUCACAUCCCCUCAAGGCUUGCGCAGCAUGUGCGAGAAUGUGCUUCAUCUCAUCACAACGACCAUUCCUCACAUGGAAGAGGUGCUGUGGCCGUUCCUGACCGAGUUCCUGGUGCCCGUUCAGUACACGGACGCCUUUGCGAUCGUGUGCAAGUGCUUGACCUAUCUUGCCUCCAAGAAGCGCGCCGAGAACGCCGAGGACUACAUGAUCAACUUUGACCGCAAGGUCAACGUCCCGCGCCCGUUCGCACUGAUUGGUCGUCUGCUUGUCAUGGCCAGCCAUCCGCAAGAGCGUCAGCGUGGCAUGCAUGCGUUGCAGCUGCUGCAAUCGUUCUCGCCCAAUUUGCGAGCGACGCUGCCAGACAUGUGGGACGACGUCAUCCCGAAGCUUCUGGCCUAUCUCGAGGCCAACGCGGACGGCGAGUUUGACCAGAAGGCGUGGGAGGAACUUUUGCUCAAGUUCCUUGCGCGCACCAUUGACAAGGUUGGCAACGAGGACUGGACUGUCUCUCUCGGCGAAGAUAUGGCCAAGCAGCUGCCCUUGUACGACAAGCUCGUGACGCACAAGAACUUUUUGCUGCGCUGCAUCGGUGUGUGCAUGAAAAAGUCGACCAACAAGAACUUUAUCAAGACGCACCUCGACAUCAUGUUCAACAGCAUCGACCACAAGGACCAGGUCGAGCGCGAGGGUGUGGCCCAAGGCUUUGGUUUUGCCGCAUCGUCCCACCUCGACACGGUCAUUGAAAAGCUGCAGACCGUGACCAAGACUGACAUGGUUCGCAAGUCCUCUGGCUUCUUUGGCAUGGUCAAGGACAAGUCUGAGAUUGACGUUGAGCGGCUUCGCGCCACCGUCAUGCUGGGCUUUGGUUACACUGCGCUGUAUGCUCCUUCCAACCUCAUCACGUCCCGCAUUGACGUGUCCAUCUUCAACAUUAUCAUUCCGCAGUUUGCGACCAUCCGCGAGACGUUUGUGCGCGAGAAUGUCACUCGAGCGGUUGCCCUGAUCUGCACGGCGCUUCUUCCCGACCGCAUCGACGAUCCCAAGUUUGUCUGCACUCGUCGCACCGAGCUGCUCAACAACAUGCUGACCUACAUUACCGCUGAGAAGAACACGCUCAAGAACCAGGUUCAAGCUCUCGCCAUGGAUGCGCUCACGACCAUGGUGCACAUGGCCCCAGUUCUGAGCGAUGCUGAUCGUCUCGACGCCGUCCGCACAUGCACAACCGCCAUCUACGAACUGCCCGAGAACGUGGACGCUGAGCUGAUGACUCAAACACUGACUUCGCUGAACAAGAUGCUCGCGGCCAUCAUUGAGGAGAAUGCCUCCAUUUCUAGCCUCACGUCCAUGCUCGAGAGCUUGGCCCCGACCAUCCGUUCCGACCAAGCGCACCGUCGCCAGCGUGCCGUUGAGGCUGCCCUGUACGUGUCGCAGCAGUACUUUAAGUUCAAGAGCGAGCGCCUGAAGGAGAAUCCUGAGGUGCCUGAGGACUUUUUGGGCUUUGGCAAGCUCAUUGCCUUCCUUGCUCCUCGCUGCACCGACCCGGUUGUCAAGAUCCGUCAAACCGCGCUGGACGCCAUCCAGGUGCUGCUCCGCGUCAGUGAGCUCACCCGCGCCGGCAGCCCUGACAAGCUGACAUCCAACCCCGCCAUUGAAGCUGUGACUGUGCUCAAGGAGCGUGCCGAGAAGAGCGAGCCGAACGCGCAGUUUGCCGUGGUCAACGAUCUCUCCAAGGUUUUGGCCAAGACCCUCGAUCCCAUUGAGCUGCUUCCGUUCGUGGUCGAGCUGCUGGAGGGUCUCACGGACAAGGAGGACGCCGCUGCUUCUGGUGCAUGCGUUGUUCUGAAUGGCUUGUUCCGCCAACGCGGCGCUGAACUUGGCACUGACGUCCAGCUGCUCCUCGGUGAAAUUCACAAGCGUCUGAAGCUGAUCAAGCACGAGCAGACUGAGAUUGGCACGCUCCGAUCCCUUCGCACGCUUGCCACCCAUCAUCUCAAGACUGUCGUCACCGAUCUGCUUGCCUUCGAUCUGCCAUACGAUGAAGUUGUGGUCAAGAUCUGGAAGACGUUGGCAGGAGAGGAGGUGACCGCACUGCCCAUGCUGGAGCACUUGCUGACCGUCAUCACCAAGAACCAACCUUACGAAGAAAAGCCCAGCAAAAACAACAAGAAGGAGUACACUCGCGAGGCCACUCGUCCGCCAAUGCAAGCCACCAGCGCUCUCGCUGAGGUUUUCCGUGCUGAGGACUCGGAGGCCCUUGUUGGCAAGCUGUUGCCGCGCAUUAUGUGCAGCCUGCUGAUUCGCAUCGGCACGUCGAACGGCAUGGACGGUCCCAAGCUCCCCAUCGGCGAUACCAUUUCUGCAUUCAAGGAGUUCUUGAUCCGCUCCAAGGCAGACUACGUGACCAAGGACCUUGAUGAACAGGACCAUUGGGACUUGCUGUCGGACGAGGACGAGUUCUUCAACGGCCUCACAACGGUUGCUCGCUCGAUCUGCGUUCACGGCGGCGAGCACGUGCCGGCCAUGAUUGAGUUCCUGAUGCCCUUCCUCUCCUCUCCCUACGACACCCAGCGCGUCGUUACGGCUGCCCUCUUUGCCGAGUUCAUCUACAACCGCUGCGCCGAGAAUGUCAACCUGAUUGAGCAGCUGAUGAACGCAUGUCUUGGUCGUCUGAUUGACGACUCGCAUGUUGUUCGCAAGCUGUGCAUCCGUGGCUUGGGCAACGUUGCCAACGCUCCCGAGGCUCAGAUCCAACGCUACUCGACGACCAUCUUGUCCGCAAUGAUGGCUGGCAUGGACGAUAAGAACGACAUUGACGAGGAGAUUACGAUGGAGGCCAUGAAUGGCCUCUCAAAGAUCCUCGCCAAGCUGGACGAGAACCACAUCCGUCCCAUCCUGAUCAACAUUUGCUUGCGCAUCCGCCCUUGCUUUGAAAAGCAACAGGAUGGUGUUCGUGCAGCGGCCAUCACACUGUUCGGCAAGCUUUCCCGCUUUGGUGACGGCCCAUCCAAGGCUCCGUUCUUUGAGCAGAUUCUUGCCAACUUUGUCAGCAUGCUUUUGCAUCUCAAUGACGACUCGGUUCUUGUCCGCACGGCUUGCAAAUCUGCCUUGAAGGAUGUUGGUCCCUUGCUUGGCGCUGAUGAUGUGAAUGCCAUGUUCCAAAAGUACCUGUUGGAGAAGGGCUCGUUGCUCUACCCUGACUUUAUGAGCGAUCUCUCCAAGCUUGUGAUUGAUGCCUUCCCUGAGAAGAUGAACUUCUUUGUGAUGGGCAAUGUCAAUUUCUUCAAGAGUGACUGGGACACCAUCAAGGCGAACGCCGCCCUGUUUGCCGGCUUCCUGCUGUGCCAAAUCAACAAGACUGCUCGCGGGUCUGUCACGGUCGAGCAUGUCUGCUCUUCAUUGACCAACCUGUUGCAAGAGUCGUCGCCUCUUGUUCGCGAGAAGGCGGCCGAAGCGAUUGGUCUGCUUUUUGACUAUUAAAGCCAACAGCCGGCAUCGUGUGUGGUUGACGCUGCCUACUGUCCAGUUAUUGUUGGUGUUUGUUCUUGUUGCUCUCUCUCUCUCUCUCUCUCUCUCUCUCUCUCUUGAUACUUUGUGUUAUGUGUGUGACGUACGUGAUCAAGUGACAUUUUUGACUACUAGAACCCAAAUAGACUUGAAAUUUUCUGCACAAAA